AUGUACAUUCCGCCCCGGGAGCUUCAGCUCCAAGCGCAAGCGGCCGGGACGGAGGCACAUGGGCGCUCUGGAGGGUCGCAAGACGUGCCGCGACGGGCGGCGGAGCUUGACGGCGCUGCCUUUCAACGGAGGCAGUUCUCUGGCGACUCGGCCGACGCUACUAAUGUCCAGAUCGGCAUCGCGCUGGGCAUCAUCCUGGGCGUGUUUCUCAUCGCGACCUGCGCCUUUCUGUACAUGUAUCGAUCCUCGGUCCGCUUCACGUAUCGGAAGCGUCGCCGUCGUCGCGCAAAGUCAUCCAGGAGCUCGUCAAAGAGCACGGAGUCAACGCCGCCGCCGCCGCCGCCGCCUCCCGCCGCAUCAGAGGAAGAGCCGCCCAAGUAG